UGCUCUUCGGAGUAGCUUGAGGUGCUCCCCCUCCAGCUGCAGGGUGCAUAUUACCCUCUGCUAUGCUGGCAAAGUUGGGUUUUUUUAUACUGAAGUCUACACUAUAUUAGCUGGAUCAAUAUCACCGGGGCUGGUGAGCUGGCCUCUUUCACUUUUCCUCUGGCUUCACUUGCAGAACAAAAGGGGUUUGCUUCCCUUUCUCCUGAAUAGAAUGUCCCCCAUGCCCCCCCCACCUGUGUGUUACUGAUCUUGACCACAGACUCUAAAACUUUCUGGUGCUGUAUUCCCUCCCUCUCUUAUUCAUUAUUUGCUUCGGAUCACCGCCCUCCUUACAACUGUCCACAGACUCAUCUCCUUGGAAACGGCAGAAGUUGUUUAUGUGGAAGUCAUAGGGACACUAAAGCAGCUGCAGGUGUGUAAGGGAGCCAUGUUACACUGGAGGGCAUAGGAAAGAAGCGGUGCAGAGCUCAUUGCAUGCACAUGUGUGCAUUUAUAUGGACCCUUUUUUGAUCAUGUUUCAUCACCAACAUGUAGGGGUUGAGAAACACCUUAAAUAGCUCUGUUUUACAGGCUGUGGGUUCCAAAUCAAAGAACAGUUUCGUAGGAAGCUUUCUUCAGCCACCAGAUAGGAUGCUUCCUGCAGGCUUUGCUUGUAUAGAAUCAAAAAAGUUGGCAGCUGUUGGUGGUGACAGGCCUUCUAUCUCCAAUAACCAAGCUGUAGUGGCAGCCAUGAAAACUCUUCAGGAAAAGAUGCACCGUCUACAGCUGGAGAAGUCAAAAGCUGAAGAUAAUCUGCGCAGCCUCUCCAUAGCAGCUGCUCAGUAUAAGAAGGCAGUAGAGCGUGAAUCCUACAAAAAGGACACAGUACAUGAAGAACUGAUGCAACAGAGGAAAGGUAUAAAUGUGCAGUUAAAUGCAGCACAAUCCCGCUGCUCCCUGCUGGAGAAACAGCUGGAUUACAUGAAGGAAAUGGUCUCCAGUGCAGAACUGGAAAAUAAAACGGUUUUAGAACAACAGGCCCAGCUUCAGAAAGAGGAAGAUCAGAACUGGUUGAAACUGCAUGCAAAACUUGAAAAGCUUGAAAUGCUAGAAAAAGAGUGCCUUAAACUUACUGCUACUCAGAGAAUUGCAGAAGACAAGAUCAAACGCCUAGAAGAAAAACUUUGUGAAGAGGAGCAUCAGCGUAAGCUAGUACAAGACAAAACAGCUCAGCUCCAAACAGGAUUUGAGAUAAACAGAAUUUUGUUGUCUUCAGUGACAUCUCAAAAUGAACCUAAAAAGAAAAACAUGAAGAAGAAAAAAACUAAGAAGAGAAAUCCUACAGUGAAGAAAAUGCACCUUUCACAAUUACAUGUAAGGGCUGGUGAACUACCUUUUGUAGCUGGGAAGUCUGUCAGCUCCAGCCAUUCUGUUAGUGCAAACGUUCAAAGUGUGUUGCACAUUAUGAAGCAUCACAAUCCAUGUAUCUCAUCACGAAGCCAAGAAGGAGCUACAUCUGGGAUUUCAGGACACACAGCCCUUUCAGAAUCUGUAUCCUCUUGUUCCACAUCACCUAUUGCCACCAGAAGCCUUUCUGACCUUCUGUUGGCCAUGCAAGAUGAGCUGGGCCAAAUGAGCUUUGAGCAUCAAGAACUUCUGAAGCAGAUACAGGAGACUCAAGACUCCAAAGUUCGUGAACACCUAGAACAGGAGCUGGAUUGCCUUGUAAAACAAAUGGAGAUUAAAGGAAAACAAAUAUCCAAGCUGAAAAAGCAUGAGGCUACUGUGCAGAAAUUAAAGAGAAAAACUCAGAAAUUGAAGCAAGGGGCAGCUCAGGUCAAACUGAAGUGUGAUGACCAAAAGGAAGCAAAAGAGAUUGCAGUCACUGUAAGGAAAAGUAUGUGUACAUCUUCUCCUGGGCAGAAAAGCAGAAGCUCUCUUCAGCUGCUAAAAAAUGUACAGAAACUUCAGUCAACACUGAAAAAAGAUGGUAUCACGUGGUAACAACAGUUCUCAAGUUUACAGUGUUUUUUUAAUUUCACAAAAUACCUUUAAAAAAAAUAGAUAUAGCAUAGAUACAGAUGCACAUUCCAAACUGCCUACUCACUAACAGGCCAGUUUGUUCACCUCAGAAUCAACUUUCAUGCAGAGUAGCUAUAACUCAACUACACUGACUUGUAAUAAAGUGUUUUAAUGGAUUAAUGAAAUGCUUACUUGUUAACUUGUAUAAUAAAAUUUUAUACUUUUUUUACACUUAGAA